GUUGAAUCUAAGACUGGAUUUCCAACGUUUAUCUUGUAUCAUUUCAUGCCUCUCCUAGAAUCAUUCCAUAGUUUUAUAAUCAGUUGAAUAAAUUUAGGAGUAAUUGGCUGCAGUGCCUUCUUUACGAUCAAGAAAAAACUAUUAUGGAGGAACCAAGAAGUCCUUGCUCUGGGUCGUGGGUGUCAAUGGCUAUGCGUGUGAGGCACCAGUGGCCGCACCGCAACAUCCUCUACAACGACCUCAAGCAGAUCCUCACUUCCAAACAACCAAUACAGGAAGACAAUCAGGUGAAGCUUGAGAGCUUAAAGGAGCUGAGCGUGCGGGCGGUGUUGGCACGAGACAACCUCGCCUGGCACCUCGCCUGCUCCUGCCCCACGGGCAUGUUCGACUUCGUCAUGGAGGCUCUCGUCAAGGAGCUCGCCAACAGAUACCGAGCUAACAGCGGACAGCGGUUGCAGUACAACCUGACCCGUGCCAUCGUACGGCUGUCGCUGCACUGCAUCCACUCCACGCUGCCACUCAUCCAAUUCCUCAGGAACAUCGACAACCUCUUCGACACCAGCUGGUUUAGACUAUACGACAGGCAGCUGCCCUGUCUGCCACACCUGGACCUAAUGUCUGUGUUGUGUGCAGACUAUACGACAGGCAGCUGCCCUACUAUACGACAGGCAGCUGCCCUGUCUGCCACACCUGGACCUAAUGCCUGUGUUGUGUGCAGACUAUACGACAGACAGCUGCCCUGUCUGCCACACCUGGACCUGUCUGGCAUCCCCCGUCUGCGGGACAGCACCUGGUCGCUGAAGACCAUCUACGACGCCGGCAACAGGGAGCUCAACCCCCUCCUGCAGCAAUCCCAAGGCCUGCAGCUGACGAUGGACCUGGAGAUUGAGGGGUCAGCAGACGAGCGUCAGCUGCGGCUGCUGCGCAAGCUGGCCAUGGACAGGAGAAGAGACGUCAGCUCCUCGUCAGCCCCAGGCUUCCUGGUGGGGCUCAAGCACGUCUACAUCACGUCCCUGCCUCCCUCCUGCUGGGGCACGCUCGUACAGGAUCUGUGCGCGUUCCCCGAGCUGUGUCACGUGACGCUGAACAUGUGCUCCCUGACGGGGGAGUUCUGGGGGGAGCUGCUCCCCCUCGCCCCCUCCCUCACGGGGCUGGCCCUCCCCAACCACCCCGACCUCAGUGACCUCACGCCCCUCACCGCCUUCACCGCCCUCCACACCCUCGACCUCUCCAAUGUUGACCUCAGAGGCCUGAUGGGGGUGGUGGGGGAGCUGGUGACCCCCCUCUCGUACCUGGGGGUGAGCGGGUGCCGCCUGACGGAGGCCGAGGUGCUGCUGCUGGCGGGCUGCCACCACCGCCGCGCCCUCCGCCAGCUCGACGUGUCCGACAACAGCGCCAGGGGCCGGCCCGGUCUACACACCGCCUACCAGGCCCUCUUCUCGGGCCUCACGCAGCUGGUGCGCCUCGACAUGAUACCAGGUGGUGCACGCACCACUAGCGCCACGUGCACCACCUGGCAACCAUGCGUGGUGCGCGUAACACGCUAA